ACAGGAAAGGAGGGGCCAAAAUAUCUUUAGCCAUGCACUCCCUCUCCCUUCUCUCAUCGCUCCCCCUAAAAUUCUCCAUUAACCCAAGCUACCCAACCAAAUUCAAACCCACGAUCUCAAUUGGACCUCCCAAAUGCAGCAGCAGCAGCAUCAGCAACGAGUCUUCGUUCUCCAACGAGGCAGUAUCAGGAAUGGUGGAUGAGCUCCUAAAGAGAGAAGAGAACAAAGAACUACUCGAUGGACUGAACGAGGCUUCGAAAAGAGUAGAGAGAGCGAGAGAAGCAAUGGCUGAGAUCGAGAGGCGAGAGGCUGAAGCAGUCAGGGCCAAGGAAUACGUUGCUCAGCUGGAGAACAGGAAGUUGGAGAUUGAAAAAUCGCAAAGAGAACUAUUAGAAGCCAGAGCCAUGGUAGAUGAAGCUCAACGUUCUCUGUCAUCAAACAUGGAUGAGAACAGUUUUGAAGAUGCUCCAGCUGAAGAGGUAAACAAAGAUAAAGAGAGACUGGAGUCUAUAAAAGCUGCAUCUAUUUCAGCUAUAAUCGGAACGCUUGCCAGUCUACCCAUUUCCUUGUAUCAAGAUACCAGCUACAUUCAACUAAGCUUUCAUCUGGCAAUUAUUUUCUCUAGUUGUGCUUUGUUCGGUGUUACCUAUCGUUACAUAGUGAGACGAGAUCUAGACGAUAUACAUCUCAAAACAGGGGCAUCUGCAGCUUUUGGUUUCGUCAAAGGUCUUGCUGCAUUGGGCGCUGGACAGCUUUCUGAAGUAGAUAUAAACAGCUUGAUUUCGUACUCUGUUGAUGGAGCAGUGUAUGUGUCUCAAAGUGUCUUUAUAUUUCUUUCAGCUUCUGUUGCUCUAGAUUUUUGUUUUAAGACGAAGCUUUUGAGUCCUUUUCCCAUACGUGAGGUCAAGUAACAUGUAGAAUGAGCAGAGAAAUAUAUCUUACUUGUGAUAACAAUGGCACAUAAUUGUUUUAUUUUCACUUUUUUUUCC